AUGAGUCAGAACUUGGAAUCCAUCAACAAGUGGGUCAGUGAUGCAACAAAGGGAAAGAUCAGAGACUUUCUCUCCAGCAUUUCAGAAAAGGUUGUGCUAAUACUCCUGAAUGCCAUACAUUACAAAGGUGUCUGGAAAAAUAAGUUUGACCCCGGAAAUACUUCUGAAGAUACAUUUCAUGUAAACAAUGAGGAGAACACGCUGGUGGAUAUGAUGCAUGCAAAUAAGUAUCCACUGAGUUACUUUUUGUUUGACAAGUUGGAUAGUCAGGUGGCCAGGCUACCUUUUAAAGGAAACAUGAGUUUUGUCAUAGUGAUGCCUUAUUCGAUUGAGUGGAAUGUCUCAAAUAUUCUGGAUAAGCUGAAUAAGAGUGAACUUUACAGUCGUUUCCACAAGGAGAAGCCAACUUCACUGAAACUUCCAAAGUUGAAUCUAAACUUCAAGCUGGAACUUACAAGUGCUCUGUCUAGUCUUGGACUUGGCCAACUGUUCAAAAACCCAGAUUUGAGGAAGAUUUCAGAUGAUGGCUUGGUUGUGUCCAGUGUAGAACAUCAGUCUACGCUGGAUCUCAAUGAAGAAGGUGUGGAGGCUGCUGCGGCCACGGCUAUUGUGACUUCUCGCUCUCUGUCAACCUUCAAUGUCAACCGACCAUUCUUAUUCCUUCUGAUUGACGACAACACUGGCUUGGUCCUGUUUUGUGGAUAUGUUUGUGACCCCAAACCUUCCGCUCCUAGAAAGAAGAAAGAUCCUAGUUUCAACCCUGAAUUUAAACCCUUUUCAAAGGGUUCUAUACCAAAAUAG